AUGUUAGCCACAUUUCAGGGACGACCAGGUCGUCGCUAUGUUAGCCUCUUUCUCUUCAUCGCUAUCACAUGGUUCCUGAUCCAUAACUUUCGCCCCUACGAGCGCUAUCGUACUGUGAGAAUUGGCACAUACAACUAUCUUCCGAGUAGCUACGACUGGAGCAAGCAACAGAUCUUCCACCCAGUUGAGGAUAUCAAGAGCCCACCGAACGGCACGUUUAAACUACUGCCACGAGUCCAGAAAGAGCGCACCGAAGACUAUAAAGAAGACAGCGAAACCACGGCUAGGAAAGCAGCCAUCAAGCAAGCAUUUACCAAGAGCUGGGAAGCUUACAAGAAGCAUGCGUGGGGCUGGGAUGAGCUCGCACCCGUCACCCUCCGUGGAAAGACGACAUUUUCUGGUUGGGCUGCCCAAAUCGUCGAUGCCCUCGAUACUUUGUGGAUUCUUGAUAUGAAGGAUGAAUUCAGGGAAGCGGUCAAUGUUGUCGCCAUGAUCGAUUGGUCGCGGACUGGCGACGACUACCUCAAUCUGUUCGAGGUGGCUAUCCGUCAUCUCGGCGGCCUCCUCUCCGCCUACGAGCUCUCUGACGAAGCUGUCCUGCUCGGCAAGGCCAUUGAGCUAGGCGAAAUGCUUUACGCGGCGUUUGAUACUCCCAAUCGAUUGCCAUCCCACUGGCUCUAUUUCAAGGCUGCCAAGAGUGGCUCCCAGCAGGCGGACGCCUCCAUGUCUGGUGCUGCUGGAGGCUCAAUGUGCCUCGAGUUUACCCGACUGUCCCAGAUCACUGGCAACCCCAAGUACUACGAUGCUACUGAGCGCAUUAAGCAGUUCUUCUACCGCAACCAGGACAAGACCAAAAUUCCUGGCUUGUGGCCCCAUGUUAUGAACUACCGCGAUGAGAAAGUUGACGAAGCUCGCUUUACCCUCGGCGCUGGUGCAGAUUCGCUCUACGAAUAUCUGCCCAAGAUGCAUGCUUUGUUGGGUGGCCUGGAUUCUGAAUAUGUCGAAAUGACCACCAAGGCACUUGAUACCGCUGUCAAGCAUAUUCUAUAUAAGCCUCGUAACCCUGAGGACUUGGAUAUCCUGAUGUCUGGCAAUGUUUUGGUGGGCGAAGAGGGUAGUAAGCCUGAGCUAACCGCUGAGAUGCAGCAUUUGACAUGCUUUGUCGGUGGUACGUAUGCUCUGGCUGGCAAACUCCUUUCUCGGAGCGACUUUGUUGAUCUCGGCUCUCGUCUCACCGCUGGCUGUGUCUGGGCAUACGAUGCGUUCCCCACCAAUAUUAUGCCCGAAAUCGCUCAGCUUGAAGCUUGUGAGUCCAUCACCAGCAAGUGCCGCUGGAGUGACAAGCCUGUCGAGAAGAAGGAUAAGCUCCCCGAGGGUUUCAUUCGAGUUAGAAACUCGGAAUACCGCCUGCGCCCCGAGGCCAUCGAGAGCGUGUUUUACAUGUGGCGCAUCACAGGCGACGAUGUCUGGCGUACUGCUGCUUGGCGCAUGUGGGAGGGCAUCGUCAAGCAGACCGAGACCCAAGAAGCUUUUGCUACAAUUAGUGACGUUAACAGGAAGGGUAGCGACAAGCGUGAUAACAUGGAGACAUUCUGGAUGUCAGAAACAAUCAAGUACUUCUAUCUCACAUUUGAUGAUCCCAGCGUUAUCAACUUGGAUGAGUGGGUGCUCAACACUGAGGCUCAUCCCUUGAGGCGCCCCAAGGGUGAGGAAGUUGAGGCUCCCAAGAAAAAGACAACGUGGUCUUUCUAUUCUCUUUCAAAAACCCACCAUCCCGAUGCAAAUCCAUCUGAUCCAACCGCAUCUUCGACGUUCUCCCUGAUCUCCGAAUCAUAUACUGUUCUGUCUGACAAGGCUCGUCGAGCAGCCUACGAUCGCGAUGUCCUUCGUUUGCACCACCACCCACCACAAACUCACUCCCAUCGUGGCUCUUACCACUCUCAUCAGCCUGGCGGUCGCGCACCGUCAGGUUUGAGUCGCAGGAGAGGCACUUUUCGCGGUCCGCCGCCCAGCUUUUACCGCAGCGGAGGCUGGGGAGAACAGGCAGAUAAGCGGCGCAAGGCUCAUGAAGAGAGUACAGGCGGUGGAAACACAUCGGCACAUGAACAAGGCGGAUCGCAUAGUCGCCAGAGGAGCCCAUGGGGUGAUCCUUUUAGUCACGAGUCUACCCAUGGGGGAAUGGGACCUGGAGAUGACCCUUUUGGACAUCAGAAUGAUGUUCCUCACUUUGACAAGGCGGGGCAUACACGAACACAUCGAAGAGAGGACCAACGGCGCAAAGAUAGGAGGCAAAGGAGCGCAAUGGGCGACGAUGACAUUGGCUUUGAGGCUCAGACAACCACCACAGGCCAUUUUAUCAUAAUAUCGGGCAUCCUCGCCACUGCGAUAUUGGCGCCUCUUAUAUAUAUUCAGUUCAUGAGCAUUGGGCAGCGCAAAAAGAACAAGACCUGA